GUUAUUCCUUCCUCUGACAGCCCAUUACGCCUCGUUUCUCCCACCUCAGUGAAGCCGGAGCGAAGAAGCCUGUCCACAACAUGAUAUUCCUGGUCCCCGGACACCCACUGGCCUCUUCUCGGCAAGGGCAGGGGGAUGUGGAAAAAAUUCUGGUUCCCUCCCCUUCGGGCUACGGCUUUCGCUUUCACUUCCUCCGCCGAGAGCCGACAGAUCUCCGGGUGCCGGGCGAUCAUGGCGCUUCUGGAGGUGUGCGGAGCCCCCCGAGAGCAGGAGGACGACUGGGCUUUCCCCGUCGCGGGAAGCAGGCACCGCUCGGACCCCGGACACUACAGUUUCUCUAUGCGCUCUGCCGAGCUCGCCCUGCCCCGGGGAAUGCAGCCCACUGAAUUCUUCCAGUCCCUGGGUGGGAACGGCGAGAAGAACGUUCAGAUUGAGAUGGCCCACGGCACCACCACACUCGCCUUCAAGUUCCAGCAUGGAGUGAUUGUGGCGGUGGAUUCUCGGGCCUCGGCUGGGAGUUACAUUGCGACCAUACGGGUGAACAAGGUGAUUGAGAUUAACCCUUACCUGCUUGGCACCAUGUCUGGCUCUGCGGCUGACUGUCAGUAUUGGGAGCGUCUGCUUGCCAAGGAGUGCAGGCUGUACUAUCUGCGGAACGGGGAGCGCAUCUCAGUGUCAGCAGCCUCCAAACUGCUCUCCAACAUGAUGUACCAGUACCGGGGCAUGGGCCUCUCCAUGCACAGCAUGAUCUGUGGCUGGGACAAGAAGGGUCCUGGCCUCUACUAUGUGGAUGAAAAUGGGACUCGGCUCUCAGGAAAUAUGUUCUCCACUGGUAGUGGGAACACUUAUGCCUACGGAGUCAUGGACAGUGGCUACCGACACAAUCUUAGCCCUGAAGAGGCCUAUGACCUUGGCCGCAGGGCUAUAGUUCAUGCCACACACCGAGACAGCUAUUCUGGAGGCGUUGUCAAUAUGUACCACAUGAAGGAAGAUGGUUGGGUGAAAGUGGAAAGCACGGACGUCAGUGACCUGAUGUACGAGUACCGGGAGGUCAAUCAGUAAUGGUGGCAGCGCUUUGCCUGGCCUCCUCUUGGGGUGCCUGGCAGACUCAGGGAACUGGACCAGCUUAAGCUCCAGGAGAUGGAAGGGCCUAACCUGAGCCCAGAGGAGAGUGACUAGGCUCGGUGGUUAGUCUGGGGGAGGCAGAAUUCAUCCUUUUGUGUUUUCUCUAUUUCAAAGAGCAAACAUGCCACACACCCCCUUCCUGGCACCUUCUGGGUGCCCUAAUAAGUACAAUAAAGGAAAACGGUUAUAAA